GAAAUGCAUAAACCCUCUUGUUAGAAAGUAAAGUCGCACACGAGGCCUUCUCUAUUCCUGCUCUGCUUUGCCCCCACUCUCUAGGGUUUAAGCCUCAGCUCCUCCGUUUCCCUGAUCUCUCUCGGCGAAGAGACGGAGUGAAACGCCACCAUGUCGCUCUACCGCUUCCUCCUCCGCUCCCUCCGCCACCGCUCCACCCCCGCCGCCACCGCCUCCCCCGCCAGGACCCUCCCUCUCACCCACCUCCUUCACCACGACGAUCGUCCGAUCCCUGCACCCGCCUCCCAUUUCCAGCACCGCACGUUCGCCUUCAGCUCCGCCGAGGAGGCCGCGGCUGAACGCCGCCGCCGGAAGCGCCGUCUCCGAAUCGAGCCGCCCCUCCACGCCCUCCGACGCGACAGCUAUCCCCCUCCGCCCCGCGACCCCAACGCUCCCCGCCUGCCCGACUCCACGUCGGCCCUGGUCGGCCCCCGCCUCAACCUUCACAACCGCGUCCAGUCCCUGAUCCGAGCUGGGGACCUCGAUGCUGCGUCUGCAGUGGCACGCCAUUCGGUCUUCUCCAAUACCCGCCCCACGGUCUUUACUUGCAACGCCAUCAUCGCCUCCAUGUAUCGUGCCAAGAGGUACAAUGAUGCUAUUGCCCUGUUCCACUUCUUCUUUAACCAGUCCAACAUUGUCCCCAAUGUCGUUUCCUACAAUAAUUUGAUCAACACCCACUGCGACAUGGGAAAUGUCGAUACCGGCCUCGAGUUCUACCGGCAUAUUAUUGCCAAUGCACCUUUUAGUCCGUCCUCGGUCACAUAUAGGCAUUUGACAAAAGGGUUGAUCGAUGCGGGGAGGAUACAGGAUGCGGUGGACCUUCUGCGUGAGAUGCUGAAUAAGGGGCACGGGGCAGAUUCGUUGGUUUAUAACAAUUUAAUAGCUGGGUUCUUGAAUUUAGGCAACUUGGAGAAGGCCAAUGAGCUGUUUGAUGAGCUUAAGGAGAGGUGUCUUGUCUAUGAUGGGGUUGUGAAUGCUACAUUUAUGGAUUGGUUUUUCAAGCAGGAGAGGGAGAAGGAAGCAAUGGAGUCGUACAAAUCUUUGCUCGAUAGGCAGUUUAGGAUGGUUCCUGCAACUUGCAAUGUCCUCAUCGAGGUUCUGCUGAGGUACGGGAAGAAGACUGAGGCUUGGGCACUGUUCGAUCAGAUGCUUGAUAAUCAUACCCCGCCGAACUUCCAUGCCGUGAAUUCAGACACUUUUAACCUGAUGGUCAACGAAUGUUUCAAGAAUGGACAGUUUGAGGAGGCUAUUGCUACCUUUAGGAAGGUUGGAACUAAGGCGGGAUCAAAACCAUUCCAAAUGGACCCGCUGGGCUAUAAUAACAUCAUAACCAGAUACUGUGAGCACGGGAUGCUUGAAGAGGCAGCUAGUAUGUUCAAAGAAUUGUCAUCCAAGUCUUUGGCCCCGGAUGUCUCCACCCACCGAAUUUUGAUUGAGGCAUACCUAAAAGCAGAGAGGAUUGAUGAUGCUCUGAGUAUGUUACACAGAAUAGUGGAUGCUGGAUUGAGGGUCGUGGCGAGUUUCGGGAACAGGGUUUUUGAGGAAUUGAUCAAGAACGGCAAGGCUGUGGAUUGCGGGCAGGUCUUGACAAAAAUGGGGGAGAAAGACCCUAAACCUGACCCCACAUGCUACGAGGUUGUGAUUAGGGGCCUGUGCAACCAAGGUGCAUUAGAUGUGGCCCAAGACCUGAUAGGGCAGAUGAUAAGGUAUGGAGUUGGUUUGACCCCGUCUUUGCGGGAAUUUGUAUCUGCCGCCUUUGGCAACGCAGGGCGUGGAGAAGAGAUUGAGAGGCUGCUGAGUACGAACAGAUGGGGGUCUGCUCCACGGGUCCCACCGCGGGGGCCUAACCCAUUGCCCCGACCACCAAGCAAUCCCCAAAUGACGGGGACGCCCGGACCAGCUCAGUUUAAUGGAUCUGUAAGAACUCCUCCAAUGGGAACGCCAUCGGGGCCCGCACAAGCUUUCGGGUCAUCAGGAUACUCGCAGCAUCCUAUGAAUAAAUAUGCAGGACCUUCGCAGUUGGGCGGACCACAAGGAAUGUCAUCGGGAGCCCCACAGGCUUUCGGGUCAUUGGAAUACCCGCAGUCUCCAAUGAACGGGUAUUCAGGACCUUCCCAGCUGGGUGAACCACAAGGAAUGCCAUCGGAUGCCCCGCAAGCUUUCGGGUCAUCUGGAUACCCCCAGUCUCCUAUGACUGGGUAUUCAGGACCUUCACACGUGGGUGGACCACAAGGAAUGUCCUCAGGGGCUCCACAAGCUUUCAGGUCAUCCACAUACUCGCAGUCGCAGAUGAAUGGAUAUAUGGGACCUUCACAUGUAGGUGGAUCACAAGGAACGCCACAAAAUUUUGAAGAAAGAGCCCCCCAAAUCAGUGGAUCGCCAUCAGGGCCUCCUCAGACAACUGGGAUACAGGGAGUACCAUCUGUUGAAGGAACACAGGGUUCCGAACAUGCAGAUGGACAUUCUGAAGUUCCACUGACUCAGAGACAAGCAGCAUUUUGAUCUCGAAGCUGGUCAGAGUAUGGAUGAUGUCCAUUAUUUUUCAUAGGUUAUUAUAGGUGGGGCGGAUAUUCAUACUGCAUCGCUUCUCUAAACAGAAUGUGGCUAGAUGUGCAAGCUUACUCAUGAGCUAUGUUUCUUGCGGGCGUAAUUUGUUGCAAUUGCGAUCUUAGGUGAUUGUAUUUGAUCAGUUCACAAAUUUGAACCUUUCUUUUAUAUAUCUAAUGAUAAUAUUAUUCCUUAUA